AUUAACAGCCGGUCUGUAUGAUACCUUUCGGUCGCAGUGUGUAUAUAAAGCCGAAAUUUUAAAAUUGUGGUUACCGCGACAGUUAGGAACGGAGAAUCUUCUCCGUGGGUGAAUCCUUUCAAAUGAUUCUUAGAAAACGUCUUUUCAAGUCGCUACUUCUUGUAGUGGUUUUGAUUCUACCCGUCUUUCAGUAUGAAAUCGAAGAAUUUCAAGAUUAUGAGCAUCUCGGUGACCUCCGAGAAGAUGAUAGACCUCUGUACACAAAUAUCUGGGCGGUCGAACUGGACGAGGACGACUCCGACCUUGCUGACGAAAUAGCGAGAAAUUUUGAUUUGAAACACAAUGGUAGAAUUGACAGCUUGCCCCGUGUUUUCAGGUUCUUGCACGAAGGAACAAGCGCUCGUUUGAGGCGACGAGCGACAGAGAGAACUCGUCAACUCAACGAUCAUCCAAGGAUCGUAUGGGCCGAACAACAACGCGUUCUAGAACGAAACAAGCGCGACUUCUUGCCAGAGAGUUACCUAAAAGAAAGAGAAUUGGAGAGAAAAUACCGAGAACUGCGAUACAAGAGAAUAUUUAACGAUCCUGGAUGGGAAAAGCAGUGGUAUUUGGCGAAUUGGGGUCAAACUGAUGAACAUUUAGUCGGAGCUGAUAUAGGGGUACUCGAUGUUUGGCGCCGCGGCAUAACAGGCAAAGGUGUUGUUGUCAGUAUUCUCGACGAUGGUUUAGAUCACACACAUCCUGAUUUGAAGAGAAACUAUGAUCCAUACGCAAGUAGAGACCUAAAUGACGACGACGACGAUCCAUUUCCGAAUGACAACGAUCCGUACAACGCGCACGGUACGAAAUGUGCUGGUGAAGUAGGUGCUCAAGAAGAUAACAACGAAUGCGGAGUCGGAGUAGCUUUUAACGUCAAUCUUGGCGGCAUUCGAAUGCUCGACGGUACAGCAACAGAUUUAUUAGAAGCAACCGCUUUAGGCUUUCGACGUGACUACAUCGAUAUUUACAGUAAUUGUUGGGGACCGAAAGACGACGGAAAGACCUUUGGAAGGCCAGGACCUUUGGGAAGGCAAUCGUUUGAAGAUGGCGCUAAGUACGGUCGAGGAGGGAAAGGAAGUGUAUUUGUUUGGGCUACUGGUAAUGGAGGUCUUGCUGACGAUGACUGCAAUGCAGAUGGCUACACAUCAAGUAUCUACACAAUAUCUAUUGGAGCCGUCAGUCGAUAUGGUCUGUCCACUUACUAUGAUGAGCAGUGUUCAUCUACUAUGGCAGUAACUUACACGGGAGACACUCACCGCGGUGGCUCUAGUGAAGCUGACCUAGUCACCACUGAUCUUAAGCAUAAAUGCACAACAAGGUUCCGUGGCACUUCAUCAGCUGCUCCACUGGCUUCUGGUAUCUUUGCUUUGGUUCUGGAAGCAAACCGAAAUCUGACGUGGCGCGAUCUUCAACACAUUGUUGUGAAAACUGCAUUGAAGACCAGUCCAAAAGAUGAAGGAUGGAUCAAGAAUGCUGCCGGUUUGUUGGUGAAUCACAAGUUUGGAUUUGGUCGUCUUAAUGCUGCCAAAAUGGUGAGUGCAGCAUUGAAUUGGAUUCCAGUAGGGGAACAGCAGAAUUGUUCAGUAAUUGGCCCUAUAAAGGAUGGACAUAUUCCAUUACGAGGUAGCCUGGAGCUGAGCCUCAACACAGAUGCAUGUGACAUUGAGAAACUGGAACACGUACAGGUCACUGUCAGCUUCAGGUUAUCCAAGGCAUUCCGUGGUGAUAUCAGCAUAGAUCUCACCUCCCCAGGAAAAAUGACAAGUCAGUUACUUUCUGUUCGCCGCAAUGAUAAGGACACAUUUGGACUGAAUGACUGGGCUUUCAUGACUGUGCACUUCUGGGAUGAGUCCCCAAAAGGUACAUGGAUUCUAAGAUUCCAUCAUAACAAGAAGUCUACAAGUGCACCAUCAAAACCAGAUAUUGAAGAGAGAGAGAAGGUUCUAAUACAACAUGACCUGUUGAAAGCGCGACGCGAUGAAAUCGUGGAUGAUUAUGACAGCUAUCAUGAUGAAAUACAUCAUGGCCGGUUUGGAAAAGAUUACAUGCGUGAUCAGGUGUUCCCAGUGGCUGAAGAUGAGGGUGAUCUAGAUAGUUUAUUGCAGCAAGAGGAUGAAGGCUCUGAUUCAGCUGGAGGAUAUGCAGGCACGGUAUCAAAAUGGGUGUUAACGCUUUAUGGAACUAGUGAAUAAUGUGAAAUAGAGUAAAAAUUUUCCUAUUCAAAAAAGUUUAUGUUAUCAAGUGGUUGAGUAUAUUGUGUGUUUGGGAUGCAGUUUAUUUUUUCACAAGACAUAAUUGUGUUUAAAGUUGGGGAUUGUUUUAGUGGUUUAUAGAGAUGGUAAUGUUUUGGAAAAAUUCGUGUAUUAUUUAUAAAAAAAAUUUUAUUUUGUUACAUUGAAAUGACUUAGAAACUUGAUUUGAAUUUUUAGUUGGUUUGCCUCCAGCUUAAUUUUCGCAGAACACAACUCAUUAUUUUGUCCAUCAAAUAUGUUGGAGUCAAUAUAUUAUCAAAAGUAUUAAAUUAUGUUAAAUAAAAUCGUAGACUCCUCUGCAAAUAUUAAUUUGUUCCUGGGUCUGUGAUCCUGGAGUAGAAAUUAAGAAGAGAAACACUCACUUUUCAGUUUGUAAAUAAAUUUGCCUCAACAAGAAGUGUAAUUUAAUGCUAAAGAAGUAACUUAAUAAGUUGAGCAUGCUUUAAGGUUAAAAGUAAUAUGUGGUAAUUAUUUUAUUUCUGUUUUUAUUAUAUGCAAUGUUUUGUAGCCUGCAUGCAGGUUUUAUUUGAAAUGCUGUGGUCCAAUUGGUGAAGUUGUGACUCCUCUCCGCCUUGCUUUGCCACCUUACUGCUCUCUGGCAACUUUACCAGUUGUGCUGCAGCACCGAUGUGAGCUUACUCUCUGGCUUAAUAUAUUAAACUGCAAAAUGACAAUAUUUUUAUGAACUAAUUCUAAUGAUCACAUCACCAAAAAAAAAAAUCAUUAACAACAUCAAACACGGAUAAUCCGAUCACAACAUAAUAUCUACAAACGUACUCCAUAUGCAAAUAUAUGAUGCUAAAUGUAUGACUCAAAUAAGAAAGAUAUGAAUUUACUUUUGACAUAUGUUACAGUGGCAUCUUAAUUUGAGGAGGUAUAAAGACUGAGUUUUAAGAGAGCAUUCCUUGCAAAAUGGAGUGUUAAAUGGACAGCAUACUGGCUACAAGUGGUAUCUCUAACCCUUAAAUGGGGAACAAAAUAUUAAAUUGCAAUUUAAUUUGGCAUUCAAAUUGUCACAAUUUAAGGCAUACCUGGGAAAAAGCCCAGAAUGACUUACAUUCACCCCACAUUCCUCAGUGGAACAGGGGAGAAGUCAAUGUUUCAUCAAAGGUUACUAGAGGCUUUAUUCCGGGUGCACCUUCAGCUAUCAUAAUGGGUGGUAAAGGACUAAAAUAUAGAAUUAAAUUAGCAAAUAUUAAGUAUUCCAGCACCAGAUGAAAAUUUUAUUUUGUGUCAUUCUUCAUUCUCGCUACUAUGUUGAAACCCUCUGAAGGUAUUAAUUAAUUAGGUGUAAUGUACUCAGUUAUGAAAUAGUAGCAAUAAAAUAAAAUUACAUCACUGCA